GGAGUCCAAUCGUAUCGGCGUUCUCGUUUGUGGCAUUAUAUACUCUAAUUCGGGUCUCCUUCUCCACUUGACACUUUGAAGAUCAAGGCCGAAUCAAUCAUGGACGACGUAUCGACAGGCUCGGAUUCUGACUACUCAAAGUGCUGGAUCUCCUGGUUCCUUUCCUCCAAGGGGAACGAAUACUUUUGUGAAGUCGAAGAAGACUACAUCCUCGAUCGCUUCAACCUCACAGGCCUGAACACCGAAGUCCAAAACUACUCCCAAGCCCUCGACCUCAUCACCGACAACCUCGACGAAGACUUCCAGGAUGACCUCCGCUCGGGGCUCGACAUCCAGGCCCGCCUCCUCUACGGCCUCAUCCACGCACGCUGGAUCCUCACCGCCCGCGGCCUCCAAAAGAUGCUCGACAAGUUCAAACGCGCAGACUUCGGCCGCUGUCCGCGCGUGCUCUGUCACUCUCAGCCACUCCUCCCCCUCGGGUUGACGGACACGCCGUACGAGAGCAGCGUCAAGCUUUAUUGCGGCCGCUGCGAGGAUAUUUAUAGUCCGAAGAGCUCGAGGCAUGGGAGUAUCGACGGGGCGUACUUUGGCACGAGCUUUCCCCAUCUUUUGUUCUUGGUGUAUCCGGGACUCAUCCCAGGGAAGGGAGGGCCGGGGGUCGGAGGAGGUGUGGGUGGCGUUCCGGGAGGAGGGGUCAGUGGUGCGAGUGGAUCGGCGGCUGGAAAUACGAGGGCAGGUAGUACAGCAUCGGGUGCAGGUUCGUCGGCGGCGGCAGCGUAUGGCGGCGAGGGCAUGGGCAUGGGUGUCGAUUCAGCGGCGAGGAGACGGGUGAGGGAGGAGAUCCAGGAGGGCUCGGGAGAUGGUAUCGGUAGUACGGCUGGUGAUGCUGUAUCGACGGCGGCGGCGGCGUUGAGGGCGGAUAGAUAUCGUCCGAGGAUCUUUGGCUUCCAGGUGAACGAAAUCGCGAAGUUGCAGCGAUGGCAAGAGGCUGUUAGAGAUAGACAGGUAUCCCGACUCGAGGAGUACGAGAACACAUAGACGAGAUACCCUCGUUGACCGUAUAUAAACCUUCGUUUCUUUCAAUGGCGGCACUUUCUCUCGUGCUUUUGGACGUUGCCCUACCUAUAUUCUCCUCUCUCCUCACUCUUCUCUCUCUUGCUUCUGUGUUCUAUUUGUAUCGGGCGUCUGUCCUAUCUGCUGGACGUCGAAAUAUUGUUGUGGUUCUAAGCGAGGGUGGUGGUUGUUACUUAUACUUGAUUGAGCGAGAAUGUAUGUGCGCUUCCUAUCGUCCUUUUCAGCUCCUUCCACUCUUAUUUCCCUCUCUUGGAGUUACGGUGGCGCAGAGGUCAUUUCGAGUUUUUCCCUUAUUUGUAGGGCCGCCGUAAAAACUCGCAGGACCCAAAAUAUAACCUGGUAUCAAAUUCACAAGCAGCCUGCAGAGAUACACGAACGAGGAGUGCUUGAAGCUUAAGUAUACUGUCGAAGUAAUAUCCUCUCUGGUAUAUACGACCACAUAUCCAAGCACCUAUUAUUCCUUAACGGCAUCAACUGGGAUGGGGCAUCCGACGACCUCAGCAAGCGUCUCAUUCCCAUACGCACAACUGAUAUUUAUGUCGCGGUAAAAGACAAUUCAGAGCCGCUGAUUCCUGAUGU